AUGACAGAGCCGCCAAAAUCGAGGAGUUUAAAUUUCACUCUCGAGGAACUCCUUGGACUCACACUAAAAGAAAAUGGCGGUGAAAGUGUUCGGACGGAAAGCAGCGGACGGCCGCCAACACGUCAUGGAAGGGAGUCAUUGUCACAAGCACCUGAAAGCUCUUCGACAUCAACGCGACGAUCGAGUGAACAAAAUGGAGACUUCUCGCUUCGUGAAAUCGAGCAAAAGGAGAAUGGAGCUGAUGAGGAAUUUCUCAAUAAAUUAAAUUCCCUUCGACGUCGUUCUCUCGUGAGCACAAAAUUGCCAGCUGAAGGAGAUCAUCGCCAAAUUCCUUUACGAACUCCGAUCGAAGAAAGCCAAGAAUUCCCAGAGCUUUCACUUGACUUCCGCAACUCUCAUCAAACUACGAUAAAAGCAUCUCGACCAAGCACAAGUGAAAGCACGCACACGUUCAAAGUUGAAGAGGAAGAAAAAACGACACCAAAAGCGGAAACGAAUGGAAAAAGUGUGAAAAUGAAUGGAGCUGCUGAAAAAGCUGAAAAAGCAACUAAAGAUACACCCAAACGAUUCACAUCCUCUUUGACGGGUCCUCCAAAUCCCGGUUCUGCUCAUGAGAGAUGGCUUCGGCAAAAAAUCGAAGCUGAAAGAGAACGAAAAAUAAAAGAAAAGGAAAAAGCAGAAAAGAAGAAAAUCGAAGAUAUUGAAAGGAAAAAAGAAGCAAAGAAAUUGUUUGAGAAAUGGAAAAAUCAUUUUGAAGAGAAAUUGAAAGCAAGAAGACAGUCUGAGAAGGAAAAAAGACAACUGGAGAAGCAAGAGAAGGAGGAGCAGAUGAAAGACGCGGACAAGACAUAUCAAGCUUGGAAAAGGGAUAAAUUGGAAAAAGAAAAGCAAGAAGUAAUUGAAAAUGGGAAAAAGAAAGAAAAGUUGCAAGUACGAGAGAAGCAAAAAGAUGAGGAAAGAGCGCUUAAACAUAAAGAAGCACAAUCUGCAUUUGAGGCUUGGUGUAGAGAAAAACGAGAACAAGAGGAAAACGCAGAAGUGAAGCAACGCGAAGAGAAGGAUUUGAAUAGUCGACGGAAAGAGGCGGAAAAUGAAUACAAAAAGGCUUUAGCUGAUGAAGCCUAUGCAACUUGGUUACAAUUGAAGGAAGAAGAAUUUGUUUUUGAAAAGACCUCAUUGGCGGAGGGAAUGCUCAUCCGAUCAGCUUCAUCAAUUCCCUGGGUUCCACCUUCAAACACCGUUCCCCGUACUUUCACACCGACCAAUCGCCCGAGAAGACGAUCAUUGGAUGCUCCUCGUCGAUCAAUUCCCUCUCAUCGUGCCCCAUUCUCCACCCGUUUUGGCCUUCAUCCAAUCCCUCCUCCAACACAAACAUCCACUAAAUCAACCACUCGCCGUGCUCAGUCAGCGAAAAAUUUUCGAAUCAUUCGCAGUUUUCUAGUC